AUGCUUGAGAAAAGCAAGAGAAAAAAUAAGGUGAAUAAGUUGGGCUAGCCUUCCACCGUCGAGCAAGUAGUCUUGUGGUAAAGACAACAAGCUGUUUGAUGUACCAGCUGUGGUUCAAGUCCUACAGAAGCCAUUUUGUGAUUCAAAAAUGGUUGAAUUUUAAUAAUACAAGUUAGAAAAAAAUAUAAAGUGAAUAAGUUGCGAUAAACUUCCAACAACGAGCAAGUGGUCUAGUGAUAAAGGCAACAGGUUGUGUAAUGAACAACUGUGGUUCAAGUCCUGUAGAAUUCAUUUUGUGACUUGAAAUGUGUCGAAUAUUAAUUACACAAGCUAGAGAAAACAGGUUAAGGUGAAUUAGUUGCGGUAGGCUUCCAACAACGAGCAAGUGGUCUAGUGGUAACGAUAUCGGACUGUAAAAGCCAAUGUCGUGUAUCAGGAUCGGUUCGAGGACGAAUGAAACAAUCAAGAAAAAAAAAAUGGUGGACGAAAGAAGAAUGUAAAAGAAAAUGGCGGCCGGGUAAAUGUUUGGAGAAGAUACUACCAUUGAAAUGAAUCUUUAGUGGUUACGAUGGUUGGCGCAUGCGCGGUAGACUUAGAAUAUGACAGGGUUGUGGUGGGAAGGUGGCAGGGAGCAAGAGGGUGGGAGGCCCCCGGGGGAGGGGGGCCGGGAGGGGCAGAAAAAUAUACUAAGUCUUUUUGCUUUGCUCUUAGCGCAAGAUACUUUAGGGUUAUUUCUCAUUUUUUCGGGGAAACAGAACCCCCGAAUUUGCUUUUCACUCCGCAUACAGCCAGUCAGAUCGAUCACCUGAGCACGAAGUCUCAGCCGGUCUUAACCGGGCUCGAUCCUUCCACCGUAGCACCCGAAGGCUUUGAGUGGUACCACUAGACUACUAGGUCUAACGAUGAAAGCUUAAUGUUUUCCAUCAUAGCUAAUCCUUUUUGCUUUCCCAUAAUUAAUUCGUACCCCUGACAAAGACAAAAAGUCCUUGUCAAGGCAGGAAACGAACCUGACAUCACCGACAUGCGACACUAGGCCGUGACCACUAGACCAUCGUGGCUGUCGCUUGUUAGCUUGGACUUUUGAUUUUAUUUAACCCUUUACUCACUGAGGUGGAAUUAGUUAAUAGGGCUGUAAAACACUAAAAUGAAUGUGGUGUUCAUCACGGGCUUACACUUUUGAUUUUAUUUAACCAUUAUUUUCUGAGGUGGAAUUAAUGAUGGGCAGUCCAACACUAAAAUUAAUUGUGAGCUCAGCAGGGAUCGAUCGAUAGUUUGCAAGCAUACGGCACUGUGUUGAUUCCAGUGUUUCUUUAACCUUUUAUUCUCUCAGGUGGAAUUAAUUAAUUAGGCAACCAAAUACUAAAAUGACUUUUAAAAAGACAAUAUGCUAUAUAGCGUUCACCUCCUAUCGACAUGAAGAUAAACGCUUCGCUUCUAUCUUCUUCCCCAAUCUUUUCACGAUGGUAAUUUUUCAAAAAGCUGCCUAUAGUUACUAGAUUUCAAGUCCGCAAGAAGGAGAGAAUAGAGAAUGCAAUGAGGAAUGAAGAAUGCAGUCUUAGAAAAGCAGGAAAAGUCUGACAUAGGUAAAAAUCAUGGGAAUUUGUGAAAACCUUUUAUCUCGCCUCCGGCUGCCCAAAGUUCUUUUUUAUUGUACUUGACUGUUUGUUGUUUCGGGUGGAAAUAACUAACAACGAUGCCUGACAUUAAAAAUGGUUUGACUACAACCGGGGUCGAUCCGUAAUUCGUUCUCACGCAACACCAGUCGACUACCAGUCGACUAGUAGAUCUAUUCAGUGGUGGCAACUAUAUUAAUUUCUACAUAAUCUCUCAUUGCCAAAUUUUCAUUAAAAAAAAUUAAGUCGCCAAAAAUGAAAGGCCUGAGCCUUUACUUUUUGGCACGCAAAUACUAUACUGAUGAAAAAAUAAAAUCCUGAAUUUUAAAGGCCCAUACAGACCGGACGCGAUUUGGCAACGCGACGCGAAUUUUCAGUUUUCACUGCCAUUUAAGUUUAAUAUUUUUCAAUGUUUUUCAAAUAUUCGGAACCACUUAAACAAUUUUAGCUAUAUGGUCUGCACAUCUUGUAAAAUUUUUAUCCGUUGACGGUUUUAUUUGUUUUUGAAACCUCGCGUCGCGUUGCCCAAUCGCGUCCGGUCUGUGUGGACCUCAAGUGUCGAAAAAUGGACGAAAAUUUCCUUCUUUCUUCCAUUUUCCCCCUUUUUCAACGACAAAAAACCCUUAACUGUACCCUUACGACAGCAUUUAAACCAAAACUUUACUUUAUUUGCCUAUAUCUUUCCAGGGCCCUUUUUUCAGAGGGUAUUUUCGUGAGCCGUGAAUGGUCAAUAUUUGCUCGCGUGAAAUGUAAAAUGCUUGAUUUUAGUGUCGUGAAAUGUGAUUUGUUCUACAGCAGUGAGGCGUGAUUGCUGAUAAAAAUGCUCCGUGAAAUGAGAAUUAAGGAUGCCUGUUUCGUGAACUGUGAUUAUUAUAGUGAUUAUUAUAAUAAACAUGAUACGCGAUAAUCAAAUUUAUAUGAUCUCACUCGAUUGCACAAGAGUAAAAACUUCGGAGGCCUUUCGCGAGGUUCCUGACGCUGAGGACAAGAUUCCUGGCGUCGAGGACAAGGUUCCUGGCGCUGAGGACAAGGUUCCUUGCGCUGAGGACAAGGUUCCUGGCGCUGAGAAGGUUCCUGGCGCUGAGGACAACGUUCCCGGCGCUGAGGACAAGGCUCCUCGCGCUGAGGACAAGGUUAUUGGAGCAGAACACAAGGUUCCUGGCGCUGAUGACAAGGCCUCUGGAGCUGAGAACAAGGUUCCUGGAGCUGAGAACAAGGUUCCUGGCGCUGAGGGCGAGGUUCCUGGAGGUGAGGACAAGGUUCCUGGCGCUGAGGACAAGGUUCUUGGCGCUGAGGACAAGGUUCCUGGCGCUGAGGACAAAGUUCCUUGCGCUGAGGACAAGGUUCCUGGCGCUGAGCACAAGGUUCCUGGCGCUGAGGACAAGGUUCCUGGCGCUGAGGACAAGGUUCCUGGCGCUGAGGACAAGGUUCCUGGCGCUAAGGACAAGGUUCCUGCCGAUGAGGACAAGGUUCCUGGCGCUGAAGACAACGUUCCUGGUGCUGAGGACAAGGUUCCUUGCGCUGAGGACAAGGAUCCUGGCGCUGAGGACAUGGUUUCUGGAGCUGAGGACAAGGUUCCUGGAGCUGAGAACAAGGUUCCUUGGGCUGAGGACAAGGUUCCUGGCGCUGAGGACAUGGUUUGUGGAGCUGAGGACACGGUUCCUGGAGCUGCGGACAAGGUUUCUUGCACUGAGGAUAAGGUUCCUGGCGUUGAGGACAAGGUUCCUGGCGCUCAGGACAAGGUUCCUUGCGCUGAGGACAAGGUUUCUUGCGGGGAGGACAAGGUUCCUUGCGCUGAGGACAAGGUUCCUGGCGCUGACGACAUGGUUUCUGGAGCUGAGGACAAGGAUCCUGGAGAUGAGAACAAGGUUCCUGGCGCUGAGGACAAGGUUCCUGGCGCUGAGGAAAAGGUUGCUGGUGCUGAGGACAAGGUUCCUUGCGAUGAGGACAAGGUUCCUGGCGCUGAGGACAUGGUUACUGGCGCUCAGGACAAGGUUACUGGCGCUCAGGACAAGGUUCCUGGCGCUGAGGACAUGGUUUCUGGAGCUGAGGACAAAGAUCCUGGAGAUGAGAACAAAGUUACUGGCGCUGAGGGCAAGGUUCCUGGAGCCGAGGACAAGGUUCCUGGCGCUGAGGACAUGGUUACUGGCGCUGAGGACAAGGUUCCUUGCGCUGAGGACAAGGUUCCUGGCGCUGAGGACAUGGUUUCUGGAGCUGAGGACAAGGAUCCUGGAGAUGAGAACAAGGUUCCUAGCGCUGAGGCCAAGGUUCCUGGCGCUGAGGACAAGGUUGCUGGUGCUGAGGACAAGGUUCCUUGCGAUGAGGACAAAGUUCCUGGCGCUGAGGACAUGCUUACUGGCGCUCAGGACAAGGUUACUGGCGCUGAGGACAAGGUUCCUGGCGCUGAGGACAUGGUCUCUGGAGCUGUGGACAAGGAUCCUGGAGAUGAGAACAAGGUUCCUGGCGCUGAGGGCAAGGUUCCUGGCGUUACGAACAAGGUUCCCGGCGCUGAGGACAAGGUUCCUGGCGCUGAGGACAAGGUUGCUGGUGCUGAGGACAAGGUUCCUUGCGAUGAGGACAAGGUUCCUGGCGCUGAGGACAUGGUUACUGGAGCUGAGGACAAGGAUCCUGGAGAUGAGAACAAGGUUCCUGGCGCUGAGGACAAGGUUCCUGGCGCUGAGGACAAGGUUCCUGGCGCUGAGGGCAAGGUUCCUGGAGCCGAGGACAAGGUUCCUGGCGCUGAGGACAUGGUUACUGGCGCUCAGGACAACGUUACUGGUGCUGAGGACAAGGUUCCUGGCGCUGAGAACAUGGUUUCUGGAGCUGAGGACAAGGAUCCUGGAAAUGAGAACAAGGUUCCUGGCGCUGAGGACAAGGUUCCUGGCGCUGAGGACAAGGUUCCUCACGGUGAGUACAAGGUUCCUGGCGCUGAGGGCAAGGUUCCUAGCGCUGAGGACAAGGUUCCUGGCGCUGAGGAAAACGUUCUUUGAGCUGAGGACAAGGUUCCUGGCGCUGAGGACAAGGUUCCUGGCGCUGAGGACAAGGUUCUUUGCGCUGAGGACAAGGAUCCUGGCGCUGAGGACAAGGUUCCUGGCGCUAAGGACAAGAUUUCCUGCGCAGAGGCCAAGGUUCCUGGCGCUGAGGACAAGGUUGCUGGCGCUGAGGACAAGGUUACCGGGGCUGAGGAAAAGGGUCUUUGAGCUGAGGACAAGGUUCCUGGCGCUGGGGACAAGGUUCCUUCCGCUGAGGACAAGGUUCCUGGCGCUGAGGACAAGGUUCCUGGCGCUGAGGACAAGGUUCCUGGCGCUGAGGACAAGGUUCCUGGCGCUGAGGACAAGGUUCCUGGCGCUGAGGACAAGGUUCCUGACGGUGAGGACAAGGUUCCUGCCGCUGAGGGCAAGGUCCCUGGCGCUGAGGACAAGGUUACUGGGGCUGAGGAAAAGGUUCUUUGAGCUGAGGACAGGGUUCCUGCCGCUGAGGUCAAGGUUCCUGGCGCUGAGUACAAGGUUCCUGGCGCUGAGGACAAGGUUACUGGGGCUGAGGACAAGGUUCUUUGAGCUGAGGACAAGGUUCCUGGCGCUGAGGACAAGGUUCCUGGCGCUGAGGACAAGGUUCCUGGCGCUGAGGACAAGGUUGCUGGGGCUGAGGACAAGGUUCUUUGAGCUGAGGACAAGGUUCCUUGCGCUGAGGACAAGGUUCCGUACGGUGAGGACAAGGUUCCUGGCGGUGAGGACAAGGUUCUUGGCGCUGAGGGCAAGGUUCCUGGCGCUGAGGACAAGGUUCUUUGAGCUGAGAACAAGGUUCCUGGCGCUGAAGACAAGGUUCCUGCCGCUGAGAACAAGGUUACUGGCGCUUAGGACAAGGUUUCUUGCACUGAGGAUAAGUUCCUGCCGCUGAGGAGAAGGUUCCUGGCGCUGAGGACAAGGUUCCUGGCGCUGAGGACAAGGUUACUGGCGCUGUGGACAAGGUUUCUUGCACUGAGGAUAAGUUCCUGGCGCUGAGGAGAAGGUUCCUGGCGCUGAGGACAAGGUUCCUGGCGCUGAGGACAAGGUUCUUUGCGGUGAGGACAAGGUUUCUGGCGCUGAGGACAAAGUUGCUUGCGCUGAGGACAAGUUUUCUUGGGCUGAGGACAAGGUUGCUGGCGUUGAGGACAAGGUUCCUCGCGCUGCGAACAAGAUUCCUGGCGCUACGAACAAGGUUCCUGGCGCUGAGGGCGAGGUUCCUGGAGCUGAGGACAAGGUUCCUGGAGCUGAGGACAAGGUUCCUGGCGCUGAGGACAAGGUUCCUGACGCUGAGGACAAGGUUCCUGGCGCUGAGGACAAGGUUGCUGGUGCUGAGGACAAGGUUACUGGGGCUGAGGAAAAGGUUCUUUGA